ACUUCUCUCUCCUACAUACAAAGUGUAUAGAACUGUAUCACAGACGUAAAAAAGCAGGCGAAAUAAACGAGGUGAAUUUUGUUGAAAUGGCACUGAAUCUCAAUCCCGCAGCUUUUCAAUCCCACAAAAUGCAACCUUUUUUUAAUGCUUCUUCAUUCAGAUCUCAUCAUAGAGUUUUUAUGGCUUCAACACUUCAUCAUCAUCAACCUUCAGUACGGUGGUGUCCGGACCAGCUCGCAUGCACCUAGUUAUUUCAUCGGGGAAGUUCGAAAUGUGAAGAAGCCGUUUACUCCUCCACGAGAGGUGCAUGUUCAAGUAACUCAUUCCAUGCCACCAGAAAAGCGCGAAAUCUUUGACUCUCUGCGCGAUUGGGCUGAACAGAAUAUCUUGGUGCACCUAAAGCCAGUAGAGAAAUGUUGGCAGCCUAGUGAUUUUCUUCCUGAUCCCGCCUCUGAGGGAUUCGACGAGCAGGUCAAGGAGUUAAGGGAAAGGUGUAAGGAAAUUCCCGAUGACUAUUUUGUUGUAUUAGUCGGGGAUAUGAUCACAGAGGAAGCACUUCCGACUUAUCAGACCAUGAUAAACACGUUGGAUGGCGUUCGUGAUGAAACUGGCGCGAGCCUAACUUCGUGGGCUAUUUGGACUCGGGCGUGGACAGCCGAGGAAAAUAGACACGGUGAUCUUCUGAACAAAUAUCUUUAUCUUUCUGGAAGAGUUGAUAUGAAGCAAAUUGAAAGGACAGUUCAGUACCUGAUUGGUUCAGGAAUGGAUCCUCGCACGGAAAACAACCCCUAUCUAGGUUUUAUCUACACUUCUUUUCAAGAAAGGGCUACCUUUGUUUCACACGGAAACACAGCUCGGCUCGCCAAGGAGCACGGGGAUAUGAAACUAGCACAAAUAUGUGGUACAAUUGCUGCAGACGAGAAGCGUCAUGAAACUGCAUAUACCAAAAUCGUCGAGAAGCUACUUGAGGUUGAUCCAGAUGGCGCCAUAUUGGCUAUUGGCGACAUGAUGAAGAAGAAAAUCUCAAUGCCAGCUCAUCUGAUGUAUGAUGGAAAGGACGACAACCUCUUCGAACACUUCUCUGCUGUAGCUCAACGGAUUGGUGUAUACACAGCCAAGGACUAUGCUGAUAUUCUGGAAUUUCUGGUGGCGAGAUGGGAAGUGGAAAAGUUGACCGGUCUUUCUGGUGAAGGACGCAAAGCACAAGAUUAUGUAUGUGGAUUGGCCCCGCGAAUUAGAAAGUUGGAGGAGAGAGCACAAGCAAGGGCGAAGCAGCGGAGCCCUGUUCCUUUUAGCUGGAUUUUUGACAAAGAGAUUAAGAUAUGAAUGCAUUGUGUUGGAAAGGUAACAUAGAAAUGUUAAGUAAUUUGAGGGUAUGUUAUGAAGUCUAUAAUCUGUCAUCCCUUUGGUUAGAAGAUGCAAUGGAGUUAAAGAGCCUUCAGUAGAGUCUUGGUUUAGCUUUUUGUAUUUUAGGCCAUAGGGGAAAAACAUAGUUAUCACCAUUAAAGACGAGCCUUUUGUAGUACUCCUUUUACUUCUCUUUUCACUUUUCCCUUAUGUAUUGGUUAAGACUUGCUAGAUCGGUGGAUCAAAUAAUAGGUGGGCAUAUAUAAGAAUAUUUGAUGAUAGAUUUUGCUCGGA